AUGUCAUCUUAUGUUAUGUUAUGUUAUGUUGUGUUGUGUUGUGUCAACUCCUCUCAUGUGAGCCUGUACCUUUCUCAGUCAAUCAAACAAUAUUUCCCAUCCCAUAAGAAAACAUAUAGCCGCUCAUAUAUGUCCACGACAAAGAGAUCACAAGACCAUUCAUCGAACGAGCACCAUCGCGUUAAGAGAACAAAGCUACUUGACAACGAUACUAAUGAUGAUGAUGAUGCUGAGGCCACAACUGGAAUGGGCAGACUAGAAUUUGAAGCAUUACAACAAUACAGAGAAUUCGAAGAUAAAUUAAUAACAGAUAGAGCUGAAGCAAUACGAACUGGUGAUAUUAACAUCGUCAUCAAUAGUUUAGAUAAUGUGAAUGGUUUAUUUUCAAAAGUUAAUGGAUCUAAAAAUAAUGGACUUUUCGCUCAUGAUGCUAAGGCUAUUGUAAAUAUUAGUGAGUUGGCACAGAUCUCUGUGAGAAAUUUGAAAUUUGGUGAUACGAGAUCAUUGAUUAAUAUUGAUGAUAUUACUAAUUAUUUUAAAAGGUAUAUGUUGAAGGAAUAUUUUAAAUUGAAUAGAAUUAAAGAAGAAGAAAGUAGUGCUGAUAAUCUUCUUUCUAGUAUGGAAUUAACAAAUGAUGAAAAUGAAGAUAAUGAUGGUGCAAAUACCAGGAAUAAUAAUAAAUUGAGACAAAAUGUUAUGAAGAAAAAUUAUUUAAAACAAUUUAAUCGAUAUGAUCAAUUUAACGAAUUUAAUUGGUUUAGAAUGGGUGCAUUGUUUGAAAACUUCAGCUCUAUGCCAAUUACUGUGGAUCAUUUAUCUGGUCCAUUUGCAUUAGAGAAGAAAAUUAGAGCUCCAAUCGUUAGGAAAAGAAGAGUGGAACCAGUGGGUAAAUUGACUAAAGCUGAAGUAGUUACACAAGAAAAUUUGAAAACAAAAGAACCCACAACACCUGAACAAGUCAAAAGAAUCUUUAAAAUUUUACAAAAGAAAAUAGGACAAUCAAAUAAUAAUAAUAAUUCUAUUAAUUUGUUUGAAUUUAUUAUUGAUCCAAAUUCAUUUUGUAGAACAGUGGAAAAUUUGUUCUAUACAAGUUUCUUAAUCAAAGAAGGUAGACUGGAAUUGAUUGAAAAUGAAUCUGAUGGAUUCCCCUCAAUAAGGAUUAAAGAAAAUGUUAGAUCAAAUGAUUCAGCCAAUAAUGAAAUUGAAAAACAGAAAAGAUUAAACAAGCAUCAAAAUCAUAUUAUUUUCCAAAUUGAUAUGCCAACUUGGAAAAAAUUAAUUGAAAAAUUCAGUAUUACAGAAAGUUUCAUACCGUCCUUCUCUGACAACAAUUGA